AUGUUAGGGAUAUUAUUUUGUAAUUUUGUAUUUCUUCUUCUGGCGGAGGCUGAGGUAGCAGCCCUGAAUCGUCGUAUGACACUUCUGGAAGAGGAAUUGGAACGUGCGGAAGAACGUUUGAAGAUUGCAACGGAUAAAUUGGAAGAAGCAACUCAUACAGCUGAUGAAUCCGAACGUGCUCGUAAAUCAAUGGAAACACGAUCACAACAGGAUGAGGAACGCGCAAAUGUUUUAGAAAUACAAGUUGAUGAAGCAAAAAUAAUUGCUGAUGAAGCAGAUCGAAAAUAUGAAGAGGUGAUUCAUUUCAUUGCACGUAAAGCAUUGGAAAAUCGUAUCGACGUGGAUCACGAUCGAUGCGGUGAAUUGGAGCAUAAAUUACGGGAAACGCAAGCAUUAUUGGCUGAAACGGAAAAUAAAUCAGACGAGGUUGUGCUGUUACCUCUUUCUUAUUGA